AAUCAGGGCACGGACGACAGAGGAGCAGCCCGCAUCCUCGUCUGUGACCUGAUAGGACUGCGUGUCUUGCUGGUGAGGGCCCCGCGUGAAGCCCACGUGAACGGGGUGCGGUGUGACGGUGCUCAGCGCGGCAUUCCUGUGUUCUCCCCGCAGCUCUUCCUUCCCUCCAUGAGGAAGAAGCCGGCUCUGGCCGAGGGCAGCAGCCCCGAGGGCGACCUCCUCCAGGAGCACUGGCUGGUGGAGGACAUGUUCAUCUUCGAGAACGUGGGCUUCACCAAGGACGUGGGCAACAUCAAGUUUCUGGUCUGCGCAGACUGUGAGAUCGGACCCAUCGGCUGGCAUUGCCUCGAUGACAAGAACAGUUUCUAUGUGGCCUUGGAACGGGUUUCCCAUGAGUAACUGAGGGGAGGGGGCCCAGCUGCACCCCCAAGUAUGAGAGCGGCCCCUUUACAAGAACUGGUUUUUAACCUGGUGCAACGGUUCUGCUGCUGCAUCUCUGUCCUAAUUACGAGUGUGGGUACAUCCAGCUGACCGGGCGGGGCCCACCCUGCUUCCUCAG